CCUUCGUCUUUGCAGAUGGUUUGGGAGAACGGCUGCGUGGUCAUCGUCAUGCUGACGCCUCUCGUCGAGAGCGGAGUGAAGCAGUGCUACCAUUACUGGCCUGACGAGGGAUCCAACCUGUACCACAUCUACGAGGUCAACCUCGUGUCCGAACACAUCUGGUGCGACGACUUCCUGGUCCGUAGCUUCUACCUGAAGAACAUGCAGACCAACGAGACGCGGACCGUCACUCAGUUCCACUUCCUGACAUGGCUCAACCAGAACGUCCCGGAGACCAGCCGCACGCUCCUCGACUUCCGCAGGAAAGUUAACAAGUGCUACCGGGGACGCUCGUGUCCUAUCAUAGUCCACUGCAGCGAUGGUGCAGGACGAUCUGGGACCUACACCCUGAUCGACAUGGUCCUCAACAAGAUGGCUAAAGGUGCCAAGGAGAUUGAUAUUGCAGCGACUCUGGAGCACCUGCGGGACCAGAGGCCAGGAAUGGUUCAGACCAAGGAUCAGUUUGAGUUUGCGCUGACGGCCGUUGCGGAGGAGGUGAAUGCCAUUCUGAAAGCCCUCCCACAGUAGGAAGGAGCAACUCCUUCUGACGCCCCCCCCCCCUGCUCUCCUCUUCUCGAUGGUCCCUGUUAUUCCUUUUUGUGUCCCCCUCCAAUUCUUUCCAUCCCUUUUCUCUUCUCAUAUUUGUGUUUUUGGUCUCACCUUUCCUUCCCUUUCUCUUCCAUUCAUCCCUUUGUUCCUGCAGCCAAUCUCCAUCUCCUCCUCCCCUGUUGUCUUCUCCUCCUCUCGUCUCCUCCUCUCCUUCCAUCUUGGGUGAGGAAACCGUUGAAUCAGUACAUAGAUAUAGACCUUCCCUCUAUUGUAACGAUCCACGCAGCCUGUUUUCCAAAGUGACAUUUCACUGCAUUUAAACACAUUUUGAUAGAUAAAAAAAAAAAAAAGAUGUUCCUCUCUCUUCUUUUAAUUGUAUAUUUACAUAGUUUCUGUUUAUUAGAUGAACAUUGACCUGAUAGGCGUCAGUUGGGUAAAGCACGGUCGGCAGUUAGCCUCUUGAGCUACAAUCUGAGAUACGACGUUUUGACGACUCGUGUCCAAAUUGAAUAAAUCAAUUUACGUCAUUUUAAAAUAUUUGCCGAUGCUAAGUGUUUCAGCGAACUGACGCCGCUGAUUGGUCGUAGAUUCGAGUGAGUGUACGAUGUUGAUCAUCAUGUUUGUGUCACAAAAUCGCAUUCGUGUCUGAUUUUUAGUGCCAUGCUUUAUUUCACUAAAUCAGUUUUGAGUGUCACCCAUCGGCGGGUUUAUUUUUAUUUUUUUCGUAAGAUUUUAGUGGUGAAACAUUAUGAUGCAUCCCAUUUAUUUCAAAAAUAAAUAAGAUGCCGAGAUCGAGGAUGAGAUGAAAUCGCAUGGAUAUGAUUAUUCUGUUUUUUUUUUGAAGUCUUAAAAUCCAAGUAGUAGCAAUAUUGUGUUUCUUCAACGCGAGUCGUCACCGAUAUUGUGGCUUGUCAGUGAAGUAACACUAAUGUCUGCCUUAAUAAAAACACAAUAGACAAACUGGUAAACGUGUUUAGCAGCCUGGAAACGAGGCUUGUGCGUGAAGCUUCAUUUUAAAACGGCCUCACUCCGGUGGAUUAAAGGUUCGCUGAUAACGAAGAUGAUAUCAACACCAGUCCUUCAACAAAUCAUCGACAGCAGGGAUUUUGUGCAUUUUCAAGUAUCUUUAUGUGAAACUCCAAACUUGAAUAAGGCCGUUAUAAAGUGAAGUGUUUCCGUACUUUUACGAUAAGCGGGGAUAGUUUCGCGGUUCCUCUAUGUAGCAUUAACGGAUGACGUGUACGUACGUUGUAGCUGAACCUGCAUUUCAUUGAAAACUAGUUUUCCCCUCGAACGACAAACUGUUCGGUUCUGUGUAUUUAUAUUAUUUAAACUGGUCUCCAUUCACUCCUGCGUGAGAUUAAAGUAAAGAAACUAUUAUCAGACUAAUUACUGUUAGAAAAUAAUCCAGAGCAGCCUUUUCCUCCACUUUAACAUUCAAACACAAGUCAAGCGUACAUGCUCUGUAUUUAAAUGUAGAACAACACAUCAGUGCUCGCUUAACUCGCCAAGCGGCCCGUUUAUCGGACGGUGAUGACGACGUGUGGAAAAAUCACGAGCGUCAGCCUCGCGAAGAGCAAAGAUGGAUGACGUGCCUCUGCUUCCUCGCUUUACAGAACUGAAGCAAACUUCCUUUACACAGUGCGUCGAGACAAUACAAGAUUACAGAGAAACCCAACGUUUCCCACGAGCACUUUGCGACUGUGGUGAGAAUAAAAAAACUCGACCUGACCGAUCACAAGCCAGUCUCAGCUGUCAAUCAUGAUCAGAAACACCUGAACAGACAGUGAGACGAGAAGAGAACGACCUGAAGUGACAGAAAGCUUUGAGAAAAAAACAAAAAGCACAAGAUGGCGGCACGUGUGUUUAAGAUAUUUUGGCUUCGGGAGGAAUUGGAGACGCGUCGUCCAUCUUCAUUUUCAGCCCAAGGUUCUGUUGAACAUUAAACUGCCGCCACACUUCGGGCGAACGCAUCAAUUAUCCAACGAUGACUUCGGGAAACCGGCUUUUAUUUCCCGCUUUUCUUUGACUGCCCGUAAUGAACAGUUCUGAAUAUUUCAUCUGUCAGAUUCUUCAUCUGAUCUUAUUCGAAUCGUCAAUAAUAUGACUCAAACACAUUACGCUACUGUAGUGCAUGGCUGUUCAAUCGCCGAUUCCUCGCGGUUUAACUUUCAGACUGCGUUCUGCACGAGGAGCUCCAAGGACCUGAACGGUGCAGAAAGCCGAGGAUUAUUAAUAUCAUCUGUAAACUGUGCGGAUCGCGGGUUAAGUGAGCUGGAAGGUGCUGCAGUGUCGUCAUGAUGCAACACUGCAGCAAGCCGGUGUCACGUUGUCGGAAUCGACUCCUUUUUCCGUGACAAAAUUGAAACAAGCUGCAAGAAAUGCUCCCCCAUCGAAGCUCGUUUGAUGUCGAAAGGAAUAUUUCUUUUUCUGCCUGUUUAAAGAAACGGACUCGUAUGUUGUGAAAAUGUGGAAAUGAGGGAAACUGCAUAGAAGGAAAUGACACGAUCACUUCCUGCUGGUCAUUUUAUUCGUGAGUCAAAACUUCACUUGUUAGAAUGGGCUUCUUUUUUUUCUUUUUUUUCUUUUUUGCAGUGAUGUUGUGUCAUUAGCCCGAUUUCUCCGCCGCUGUUCUUUCUUUCUUUACCACGCUUCCAUCAAGUAUCAAUAGAUGGCUGGUCUGCUGCAUUGCCACUGUACAUAAAUCAAAAAACGACAGAAGAUAUUUUUGUUCUCUUGGUGUAAACAGAUUGUGAAUAAAGUCUCAUUGUCGAUGCAGUAUUGUAACGGAA